AGUGAGGGACCCGCAGCUCACCUAAAUAUGACAGGAAGGGCACAUACCAAAUUCAUAGGAGGGGUUUCCUCGGGGAAUAAAACCUAGAAGGCAGCAUUGAAGAAAAAUUUACUCUAUCCAUGGUGGUUUUAUUUCUUUAAAACGAAAUGAUGUUGCAAAAAUGACAAUAUGUUAACAUACCCUGUGAUAGGAAUAGAGGUUUUUAUUGUACUAUACUUUCUACUUUUUUUGAAUUUUUUAGGUUUCUAAAAAUAAAAGUAAAUAUAGUAGAAAAACACAGGGGAAUCAUUUUAUAAUCUUGGAGUGAAGAAAACCUUCCUAAUGAAAUAAAGUCAAAAGCUAUUGAUGCAGAUUUAACUACAUCAAACUUUUUUUACAAAUAUAUUUUUAUUGAUUUCAGAGAGGAAGGGAGAGGGAAAGAGAGGUCAAAACAUCAAUAAUGAGAGAAUCAUCCAUCGGCUGCCUCCUUCACAUCUCCCCCUCCCCCUUGCCACUGGAGAUCCAGCCUACAACCCAGGCAUGUGCCCUGACCAGGAAUCGAACCAUGACCUCCUGGUUCAUAGGUCGGCACCCAACCACUUAGCACCCUGGCAAAAACUUGUUGGAAUGGGAGAAAAUACCUACAAUACAUGUAACACAGACACAGGGUUGAUCUCUGUACUAUAUAAAGGGCUGUCGUCUCUACAUUAUCGUUUCCGAGAGAAACGUAGAUGAAUAAGAACAGGUCAUUCACAACAGAAACACAAAGAGCCAAAAAGCAUAUGAAAAAGAAAAUUUCAUAAUUAAAAUCUUUUUUUAAUCUGUCAGAUGGGCCAAAUUAAAAGGUUGAUGAGACUAAAUUUUGGUAAAGGCGACGCAGAUUUCCAUAGGGUUGUGUGUUGGCACAAAAGAGAGCUGUUUGGCAAAACCUCACAUGUUCUUUGACUCAGAGAUUCCACUUCUGAGAAGCAACCCCGCAGAAAUACCACAGGGAGCCCACAGAGACAUCCUACACGGACUUCUUCCUGCCGCUGCUGCGCCGCUGUCCCUCUGCCAUGGGAAUAAAGAACAAGGAUGGGGAGACCCCUUGGCAGAUUCUGGGCUGGGGACCCCCCUGGGAUUCUGCCGAAGAGGAGGAGGAAGACGAGGCGUCCAGGGAGCACCAGUGGAGGCAGAAGCUGCUGGGAGAGCUGGAGGACGAGUGGCAGGAGGUCACCGGCCGGCUGGAAGGUCUCCCAUGCCACCACCGGGACAUCUCUCCCUGCGGAGGGGGCGUGGCGCCCCCCUCCUCCUCCUGGGGCUGCUGCUGGCCCUGCCACCUGCCGCCCAGGGGCUCCCUGAUGUUGGCCUCUCAGCUGCGCAGACUGCCCAUCAGCACCCCCAGAAGCACUUCGCACAAGGCACCCUCAAACCUGCUGCUCACCUUGUUGGAGACCCCAGCGCCCGGCACGCGCUGCGCUGGAGAGCGAGCACGGACCGCGCCUUCCUCCGCCACGGCUUCGCCCUGCGCAACAACUCGCUGCUGGUCCCCGCCAGCGGCCUCUACUUCAUCUACUCCCAGGUGGUCUUCUCGGGGCAGGGCUGCUGCCCCUCGGCCAGCCCCGCCCCCAUCUACCUGGCGCACGAGGUGCAGCUCUUCUCCGCCCAGUACCGCUCCCACGUGUCCCUCCUCAGCGCUCAGAAGUCCGUGAGCCCCGGGCCGCAGGGGCCCUGGGUGCGCUCGGUGUACCAGGGCGCGGUGUUCCUGCUCACCCGGGGCGACCAGCUCUCCACCAGCACCGACGGCAUCGACCACCUGCUCCUCGGGCCCAGUACUGUCUUCUUUGGAGCUUUCGCGCUGUAGAAAAUUCCAGAAAGAAAAAAAAUUGGUUUCAAGGCCUUCUCCCCAUCUUGCCUCCACCCUGACCAUCUCAAAGGUCACCUUGCCUGUGACCAUUCCAGCAGUCUCAAGUCUCCCUGCUCAUGUCACCUGGAGCUUCAAAGAAGGCUCCCUGAGCACCCAGGGUCCCCUCCCCAGCCGCCCAGAUCCCACUGCGCUCAGGGCGCCUGGACGCUCCCACCCAGAGCUCUGCUCUGUGCACCGGCCUCGAGGACAGGGAGGGCGGGGACAGGGAGGGGAGCAGACACGUCUGGAGCAGGUGGCUGUCUGGAGGCAGGGAGGGGGAUUAUUUAUAAGGAGAAAAAAUAAGUUAUUUAUUUAUGGAGGAUGGAGGGAAGGGAGAAAUAAGGGACAUGAGAGGAGACAGAGAUAAGUGUGCCCACCUGAUGGGGCGGGGGACAUCUCGGGAUGCCCUGGAGGGGCCAGGUGGUCGCGGCCAGGCCCUAGGAGAAGAGCCCCAUCGCCCAACACCUGCCAGGAGACAACGGCACCUCCCUGAGGCCCAAUAAACCCUUUUCCGCGAGA